AUGCCUCAGAGACUACUACAUGCUAGGCUAGGACACCCCGGGAAGCAUAUGGAAGGCAAGCUAAACGCCUUGAUGGAUGAUCUCGGAGACCACUCAUUCUGCCCGUCAUUCUGCUCAAGCUGCACCGAGGCAAAAAUGACAAGAAAGGCCUCCAGGGAGCCGAUGUCUAUUGUGACAGAAAAGCUGGAGAGAGUACACAUGGAUCUUUGGGGGCCAGUUGAGCCAUCAAUGCAAGGAAUGAGGUAUAUGUUGACAAUCACUGAUCAGGCUACCGGGAGGGUUUGGGUUUAUUUCUCCAGAGACAAAAUGAGAAUCAUUGAGAAGAUUAAAGCCUGGGUAGUUGUUGCAGAAGCAGAAUGUCAACAGUACGGAAAAGGUGAGAAGGUCAUGGCCGUGCGCUUUGAUCGCGGAAAGGAGUUUCUAAAUGAGGCAAUGAAGGUAUUCUGCACGGGGAGAGCGAUCCGGAUUGAACCAACGGUAGGCUACCACCCGGAGGGGAAUGGUAUUUCUGAGAGGAGUAUGAGAACUAUAUCAGAAAGGGGGGCUGCUAUGCGGCACGAAAUAGACCUCCCGGCAGCUUAUUGGGAGUUUUCUAACGCAACAGCGGCCUAUCUGAGAAAUAGGGGAGUUGUUAAGGGAAUGACUAAAAGCCCAUGGGAGUUAUGGCGCGGAGAGAAGCCAAGAGCAAGGCACUUAAGAGUGUUUGGAUGUCCUGCCUGGGUGCUGAUCCCUAAAGAAAAGAGAACAAAGCUUCUUAAGAAGGCAUGGCAAGGAGUCUUUGUUGGAUACAAAGAGGAAACAGACAAAAUCUAUCUAGUCUGGAACCCAGCUGAUAAGAAAGUCCACGAGGUUCGAUUCGUAGAAUUCGACGAGAGCAAGUACAUGGACAAUACAAUCAGCCUGAGGCAAGAGUCACAAUCGCAGCAUGACGAUGAGAAGGAAGAUAUAAGGGAGCAUGAGGAGCUCACUGAUGAUGAAACCGAUGCCGGAGAUUCGGCCAAGGACAGGAUAACGGACCAGCAAGCUAUAGAAGCUGAGGAGGAUGACGGAGACGGAGCGGAUGGGAACCCGACCGACCGAGACACUGCAGAUUCCGAGGAAGAGCUCCAAGGAGACACAAUCAUUGUCAAUACAGGAGAGGCGGAUAUAAGCUCUACCGAAGCCGAGGAGAGGCUUAGUCCUAGCAACAACGCUAACUCGGAUCAGCCGAAAACAAGAUCCCAGAUUCGACGAGAGGCCGUGGCAUUAAAAAGAGCAGAAAAGCAACAAGCAGAGCUGGAACGGAGGCAAAGAGAAGAACAGCACAUGGCAGAACGUCUGAAGAAGCGAGGGGAGAGUGGCAGGAAGGAAAGAGCUAUGGUAGCAAGGGCGCUUCUUCAGCCUAAUACAGACAUUUAUGACUUCGACCCGAAGAAGCUUACCUUCCAACAGGCAGUGGAAGGUAGUGAGAAGGACAAAUGGGUAGGAGCCAUAGACGAGGAAGUGCAGAAUCUCAUUCGACGACAGACAUUCUCGGACGAAAUCAAUGAAGUUGACGUGCAAGGAAAAGAAGUAGUCGAUGCGAAGCUUGUAUUUGAUCACAAGAAAGACAAAGACGGGAAGAUACAACGGUACAAAGCACGUCUAGUCGCGAGAGGCUUCACACAGAAACACGGGGUCAACUGCGAGGAAACCUUCGCACCAACGAUCCGACUCGAUGCAAUGAGGAUAAUUUUAGCUUUAGCAGCUAAGAAAGGCUGGAAGAUAUACCAGAUGGAUGCUGUGGCUGCGUUCCUUGCAGCAGACCUAAAGGAAAAGAUUUUUAUGAAAGUGCCAACUGAGCUCCAGCAAUAUUUCGGGAAAUACGUUCAGAUCCUGAAGAGUUUGUACGGAUUAAAGCAAGCUGCAAGAAUGUGGUAUUUGCUAGUGUCGGAUUAUCUUAAGGAGAUAGGUUUCUCACCAAUGGCAGUGGAUCCGACGAUAUUUAGACAUACAGAGUGGGGGGUAAUUAUCGGAGUGCACGUUGAUGACUUUAUGAUUACAGGAGAAGACGAGGUUGCCAUUGAAAAGGUCAAAGAAAAGCUAAAGGGAAGAUUUGAGAUGAAAGACCUCGGAGAAGCAGAGAAUAUUCUCGGAAUUCGGAUUCAAAGGUACAAAGGAAAACUGAUUAUUGAUCAAUCACAGUUUGCGAAGGAAACCGUGGCACAAUUUCUCUAUGAUGACUCAAUGAAGCUCGCAACUCCUAUGGAACCUGAAGCUAUACGGAAGCUCGUUGAAGAACCAGGACGGCCUCUGAACCAUGAUGAAUGGUUAAAAUACGUGGAAUUGCUUGGAAAGCUGAUUUGGCUGUGCAAUACGAGAUUCGACAUUAUAUUUGCAGUGAACAGGAUGGCAUCUUUUACGGUAGAGGCAUGCUGGAACCACUGGAAGGCUUUGCUGCGAAUAUUGGGCUAUGUCAGCAGGACUAUUCACUACGGUAUCACAUAUGGUAGAAAUAACGAGCACGCAGAAGGAGUCGAAGGCAGCAACAUCGACUACUAUUCCAUUGACCACAACAUCGAAGGACACGUCGGCUCUGCAGGCCUGCAGGAUGGGGAAGCAUUCUCUGACACCGACUACGCUACAGAUCCAAGGGAUCGGAAGAGUAUCCUGGGGUUCGUUUUUAUGGUCUACGGAGGCGCAGUUAUGACGUAUAGCAAGAAGAUGAAGUCAGUGGCAAGGUCUACGACAGAAGCAGAGUACGUUGGCAUGGGGGAGGCGACAAAAGCUGCCCUCUGGGGACGUCGACUACUUGCAGAAUUAGAAGGAAAAGGGGAGCAAGCGGUGCCGCUAUUGCUUGGAGAUAAUAAGGGAGCUGUACAGCUAACCCGAGGAGUAUCAAACACGUCGAAAAUCAAGCAUAUUGAUACAGCAUUUCAUCACGUUGUCGAUGAGGUCAAGCAAGGGAGAAUCCAAGUCUUCUGGGUUCCAGGGGAGAAUAUGCUAGCAGAUGGGAUGACCAAGCCUUUGCCUAGGGAGGCUUUCGAGAGGAACAGGAGGAGGAUUGGAAUUGGACCCAUACGCUAUGAUUCACGUUGUAAUUAG